CGAAAAAUCGCCCCCAUUUCGAUCAUCGCAGCCAAAAAUCAAUGAUUUAGUUGAAAAAAACGUAAAUAUCGAACGAAUUCGGUUUCCAAUAUCGCCACAUCAAUAUUUCAGAGUGUCGGUAGUGGGGGUCGGAGCGCUCCCAUUGGCGGUUGCGUUUCAGGCAUUUCAGGUAUCACGUUUACAUUCCUUUAUUGUGGUGGCAGAAACCAAGCAUAACAGAGCGGCGGAGAGUUAAUGAGGUGUUUGUUUACGCGAGAAACAGUUACCCAGCUGAGUGAUUCGUUCUGUUGCAGAAUUUACCAUCAAAAUGGUGUCUGGAGGGAUGACGUGUGUUAAAUAUUUGCUCUACGUGUUUAAUCUGUUGUUUUUCGUCUCGGGGGCUGUGAUCCUGGCGAUUGGGGCUGUCAUCUACGUGGUGUAUGGGCACUACUCGAAUUUCGUGUAUGACAGUUUUCAGUCGGCCCCCUUGGUUUUGAUCAUCGUGGGGGUGAUUAUUUUCCUGGUGGCGUUCUUCGGGUGCUGUGGGGCGUGCAAGGAGAACCACUGCAUGAUCAUCACUUUCUCGGUAUUGUUGCUGGUGAUUUUCACCAUGGAGGUGGGUACGGGAAUUGCGGGAUACGUGCGGAGGAACGAAGUCGAAGUGAUGCUCGAAAACAAGCUCAAUUCCACCAUGUACGACUAUUACAGCAAUGAGAAAAUUAAAGAAACAUGGGACAUCGCGCAACACGAGGGCAAGUGCUGCGGGAUGAACGGCCCCCAGGACUGGAAUCUCGUCAACCACAACAACACGCUUCCCCACACCUGCUGCCCCGACACCCCCGACGACGGCACCUGCACGCUGAACUCGCCCAACAUCUACACGGCCUCCUGUUUCUCGAAACUGAAGGACGGGUUCACAAAGUACGGCUCGAUUAUAGGCGGCGUGGGAAUAGGGAUUGCCGUCUGCCAGCUCAUGGGGGUGGUUUUCGCCUGCUGCCUGGCACGCUCUAUUCGCCAAGAAUACGAAACGGUGUAGGCGGUGACGUUUAUUUAUGUUUUAAUUUAUCUCGUUAUUUGUUGUAUUUUCCAUUGUUUCCUCGAGUUCUUAUGGGUCUGAUUAUUCUCGACGAUAUCUCAAUUCACUCUUUCUCACUUUGACUGAUUUUAUUGCACAAUGUUCUCAAUUUAGGUGAAGAAUGGAUUAUAUUUUUUCUACGGCUUUUCUUCGGUAGCGUUAAGAUGGCAUCUAUAAUCAAGUAUUGUUCAAAUGAAUUAUAUAUAUUAUUAGGAAGAAAAAGGGAUAAAUGUAUUUUUCUGAGCCAAAUUAUUACGUGGGAGUCAAUAAAACGAACAAACCUUUUUAUGGAUUUUUGAUAAGAUAUUUAUUUGUAACUCAAGCGUCUCUUAUUAUAUGUAAAAUAUGAACUGAAUUUGUACCGUGCGUAGAGGCUAUUAGGGGCGGCGCAUUCAUCUAUCGGUUAACCUCAGUAUCGUGACUGUGUACAGUAUAUUCGUCUAGAGUCUCUAAACCACAGUUAUUCUAUGUCUAGUUGUACACUCGGUGAUAAAUACCUAUUAUUGAUGUUAUGAUAAUUAUAAUUGUAAUAAAGUUGACAAAAAUUUG